UCUGGGGGGAUUGGCAUGGAAGGUGGAGGUGGUGGGCUUGCCAUGCUCAGGCAGCUCAUCGGACAGCUUCAAGACCUCUUAGACCUCUACGCGUCUCCUCUUCCUCCUAGCUAUUUUCUCCGCUUUCCACCACCGCCGCACCACCACCGCCACCAACACAGCUGGUGCCUUUUUAAUCUCGAUGAUAACUCCAUAAAAGAUAACUGCUACAAUCUUAUAAUGACUGCUGGAAAAUCUGAAAAUCUCAAAAUGUUGGAGCCUGGCAAGCCACCACCAGUCAAGAAAGCUCGUAAAGAACGGAAUCGUGGAAAACUGACAGAAACUACUAGGUCCACUGAGAUUAUGGAGCAGACAAUUUGGAAAGAUUUUCCGGAGGACCUUUUUGAAGCUGUUAUUGCAAGGCUCCCCAUAGCCACAUUUUUUCGCUUUCGAUCAGUUUGUCAAAAGUGGAACUCAUUACUUACUUCUCAAAGUUUCUCCCAACAGUGUGCUGAAGUUCCUCCAUCCCAACCUUGGUUUUACACCAUCACUCACGAAAAUGUGAACACCGGAGCAAUGUAUGACCCAACGUCAAAGAAAUGGCACCACCCAACUGUUCCCGCAUUGCCGACUAAGCUAAUUGUCUUGCCAGUGGCUUCAGCAGGGGGCCUCGUGUGUUUCCUUGAUAUUGCACACCGCAGUUUCUAUGUAUGCAAUCCUCUUACAAGAUCUUUUAGGGAGUUGCCUGCUAGAUCUGUUAAGGUCUGGUCCCGCGUGGCUGUUGGCAUGACUUUGAAUGGGAAAUCCACGAGUGGGGGUUAUAAGAUCCUUUGGGUUGGUAGUGAUGGAGAGUAUGAAGUUUAUGACUCCACACAGAACAGUUGGACUCGGCCAGGAAGCAUCCCCCCCAAUAUUAAGCUCCCUCUUGCACUGAACUUCAGGUCCCAGGCUGUGUCGAUUGAUAGCAUGCUUUACUUCAUGCGAUCAGAUCCUGAUGGGAUUGUGUCCUAUGAUACAAUUUCUGGGAGUUGGAAGCAGUUCAUAAUCCCUGCCCCUCUGCACCUGAGUGACCACACACUUGCAGAGUCUGAGGGAAGGAUCAUGCUUGUGGGCUUGCUCACAAAGAAUGCUGCUACAUGUGUCUGCAUAUGGGAGCUGCAAAAGAUGACUCUCUUGUGGAAGGAGGUUGACAGAAUGCCAAACAUAUGGUGCUUAGACUUUUACGGAAAGCACGUUAGGAUGACAUGCUUGGGCAACAAAGGUUUGCUUAUGUUAUCCCUGAGAUCAAGACAAAUGAAUCGGCUUGUUACAUAUGAUUUAUCAAGCAGGGAAUGGCUGAAGGUUCCAGGUUGUGUCUUGCCACGUGGGAGAAAGAAGCAAUGGAUUGCAUGUGGCACUGCAUUUCAUCCAUGUUUGACAGCUCUUGCUUGAUUUGUUGACUCUUGUCACUGCUCGAUGCUAUCAUGUCAAAGUGAUAGCUGUUCCAAUGUGAAAAUUCAUCUGGGAUGGGCUGCAAACAUUUUCCACUGCCAUCUGCAGGCUACAUUCCAUGAUUAUGAAUAUGAACACCACCCUUAGGACUUUAAGAGUAAUUUGUACCUUUGUUCCUGUACAAACAUCUAGGCAAUGGCCUUAUUAAUUUUAAGCAGUUCAGAAUGGUUAAUAACCAUUCUUUCAGCUGGUUAAGAUCAUUAGAAUGGCUUCGAGAGUGGCUUCGGCCUGCUCAAGCUUGUAAUCCCUUGUGUGGGUGUACCCUUUCAGUCAUAAUUAUUUUUCAUGGCCACGUUGUAAA